AAACUGAGGCCCAAGGAAAUUGAGUAUCUCUGCAAAGUCCCCAGCUGAGUUUGAACCAGACAGAUCCUGGGACCCCCUACUCUAUCCGCCACCCGGAAGAAUCUCCGUCCUUGUCUUUCCAUUCUGCCCUCCCGGCUUCCCAGUAAGCACACAGCUCCAGGACCACCGUUCACCAUCCUCAACCAAGCUAUGCACGCCAGGGGCCCCCAUGGCCAACUGUCCCCAGCGCUGCCUCUCGCCUCCUCAGUCCUGAUGCUCCUGAUGAGCAGCCUGUGGCUGGUGGGGGCUGGCCCCGGCCUGGUCCUGGCCCCGGAGCUGUUGCUGGACCCCUGGCAGGGUGAGGGCCAGCCACGUGGACCUUGGAGGAAGCAGGAGACUUGCUUGCACCGGCUGCUGACCCAUGCCCUGGGCCACACGGCCCUGCCGGGCCUGCUCCUGAGCCUGCUGCUCCUGCCCACUGUGGGCUGGCAGCAGGAGUGCCACCUGGGCACGCUGAGAUUCCUGCAUGCCUCGGCCCUGCUCGCCUUGGCUUCUGGGCUGCUGGCAGUGCUGCUCGCCGGCCUUGGGGUGUCCAGUGCAGCCGGCAGCUGUGGAUACAUGCCUGUCCACCUGGCCAUGCUGGCUGGGGAGGGACACCGCCCUAGACGGCCCCGUGGGGCACUGCCACCGUGGCUGCCGCCGUGGCUGCUGCUUGCCCUGACCCCACUGCUCAGCUCUGAGCCACCCUUCCUGCAGCUCCUUUGCGGCCUCCUUGCCGGCCUGGCCUAUGCAGCUGGGGCCUUCCAGUGGCUGGAACCCUCAGAGCGACGGCUGCAGGCACUGCAGGAGGGUGUCUUGUGCAGGACCUUGGCGGGGUGCUGGCCCCUGAGGCUCCUUCCCACCCCGGGCAGCCUGGCGGAGCUGCCUGUCACCCAUCCUGCCGGAGUGAGGCCUCCCAUCUCUGGACCGCCUUAUGUGGCCUCCCCCGACCUCUGGUCCCACUGUGAAGGCUCAGCCCUGCCCCCACCAGGCCUGAGGCCUGUGCAGCCCACCUGGGAGGGCUCCUCAGAGGCGGGCCUGGACUGGGCUGGGGCCAGCUUCUCCCCAGGGACUCCGAUGUGGGCGGCCUUGGAUGAGCAGAUGCUGCAGGAGGGCAUCCAGGCCUCGCUUCUUGACGGGCCAGCCCAGGGACCCCAGAGCGCACCAUGGCUGUCCAAGUCCUCUGUCUCCUCUCUGCGGCUGCAGCAGCUGGAGCGCAUGGGCUUCCCUACGGAGCAGGCGGUGGUGGCACUGGCAGCCACAGGCCGGGUGGAGGGUGCCGUGUCACUGUUGGUUGGAGGACAAGUGGGCACUGAGACCCUGGUGACCCAUGGAAAGGAUGGGCCUGCCCACUCCGAGGGUCCUGGGCCUCCCUAGCCCAGGCAGGGAGUGGGGCACAGGCAGGCCCUUGGGUGCUAAGGGCUGGGCUGCAUGUGGGUAGCCCGAGCUCCUGCUCUGUCUAAAGAGGGCCACAGUGGGGAGCAGGGGCACCUCUGGAGGCAGGAGAGGCCCCCCAGCAUGCUGCCCUAGUACGUGUUUAGAAUAAAAACCAGUUUGUUUUUCAA